CUUCCCUCGGGUCGGGUAGCUGGGGCCGGAAACCCGACGGGCCCCGCGGAGGUCUUAGUGCGGCGAGCCCCGCGUGUUUCGUGCCUGUGGGGACAGACUCGAAUGGUUUGAGUCUUAAAUGACGAUUUAAGAGGCUUCCUAACUCGGAGGAGCUCUUUCCUGGCACAUCCAGCUCCCUUGCACCUAUGACACAUGUUUUAGAAACAGAACAUUUUGGUUCAAAGAAAGAAUGGCUCUCAGUCCAUCUGUAUGUCCUCAAGAAAGUGAAAAAAAUAAUGCAAAGUGUGUGGAAACAGAACAGUCACAAACUGCUUCCAUAGCUUCCGAAGACCCUCUUCAGAACUUAUGCUUAGCGUCUCAAGAAGUGCUUCAUGAGGCUCAGCGGAGUGGGAGGUCACGGUGUCUCCAGUGCGGCGGCUCAAGGAUGUUCUACUGCUACACCUGCUGUGUCCCAGUGGAAAAUGUGCCCACUGAGCAGAUCCCACUUGUGCAACUCCCACUGAAGAUCGAUAUCAUCAAGCAUCCAAAUGAAACGGACGGCAAGAGCACCGCUGUGCACGCAAAGCUUUUGGCGCCCGACUCUGUGAGCAUCUACACAUAUCCGUGCAUUCCAGAGUAUGAAGGGAAGGAUCAUGAGGUUGUACUUGUUUUUCCUGGGCCUCAGUCCAUCUCAAUAAAAGAUGUCUCUCUUCAUCUGCAAAAAAGGAUUGAAAGUAAAGGUCGAAGCAAAACUGAUGACCUUGAUAUGCCGCCUUUUAAACUCAAGAGAGCUAAGGUAGAGGAAGGCUCUGAUUUGAAUGAGAGCUUGUCCAGAGGCCCAGCAUUGAAAAGAGUUGUCUUUAUUGACAGCACCUGGAGCCAGACAAACCAAAUAGCCUCUGAUGAGCGCCUUCGGGAGUUAUUACAAGUUGAACUGAAAACAAGAAAAACUUGCUUUUGGCGCCAUCAAAAAGGGAAGCCAGAUACUUUCCUUUCCACAAUUGAAGCCAUUUAUUACUUCCUGGUAGACUACCAUAGUGACAUGUUGAAAGAGAAGUACAAAGGACAAUAUGACAAUCUUUUAUUCUUCUACUCUUUUAUGUACCGCUUGAUAAAGAAUGCCAAAGGCUCUGGAGAGAAGACAAAACCCAAACUCAUCCAUUAGUUCUGCACACUCCGCUUGUCAUGUUGCUCUGCUGAUGUUCACAAGCUUGUGGUUAGCCUGUUUACUCUGGGGAAGUCAUCGUGCUCAGUGCCUGGUAGAGGACUGGGGGGCAGGUGGGGGAGGGAGUUCCAGUUUUGUUCCUUUAACCAUAUUUUUUUAAAGGAAAAUUUGAAUUUUGGCAAUUUUGAAGAGAUGGUUCUGAUUGAAAGACAGCUCAGAAGCUGUUUGCUCAGUUUGGGCAUAUCUCAGUUGCACUACAUUUUAAUGUGUUACAUUUAUGUAAUUGACAUUAUAUAUGGUUAGAGAUUGUCUUAUCUUUUCACUUAUACUUGCCCUCACCUUUGGAUUUUUAAACUAAGUGAGAAUCUCGGCAAAACAAAAAAAGUGAAACAUAAUUUGCUUGAGGUUAGUGGCAGAAUUGGCAGAGGUAGUGUGUUGUGCUGUCUCUGGGUCCACACUUCCUCCCUCUGCCUGGCCUCUGCUCUGGAAGAGAACUGGGCCAUCACAUAGUCCUGCCAGAGGGAUGCACACAUGACCUGUUUUGGCAAGUCAGGUGACCCAGGGCUAAGAGUACAUAUGCCCAGCAGAAUCAGGUCUGUUUUGAUGUGCUAGGGACGCCAUAGGAGAUGGAAUUUAUUUUUCAAGAGUGAGCAAUAUGAGGUUAAAAUAUAAAUUUCUUCAUGUCUGAAACAUGUCUCUAGAAAUAAAAGUAAGCUUGAAUUGA